AUGGCAUUGAAGCUUAUCAAGGAUGCUGGCGUAAUGACAGUUAUGGUUCACUUGCACAAUGCCAUGCAACAGCUGCAGAGGCUCAAGACACCGUGGGUUGACAUGGAAACAUUUGAAAAGUGCUUUGAGGCGCGCGAUUUAUUUUUCGCGACCAAGCCAGUGAGAUGUAAAGAUUUCAUGACACACGUCUUGAUCCAGCUUGGCUUUCCACCGUCUGCUUUGAAAAAUCACAAAGGAUUCAAGCGCAGGGAAUCACGGGAACUCUUUAAAUCAUUUAUCCCUGAAAUUCAGGGUGUAGCUCCGGUGUCGAUGAUAUUCGCCGGAAUAGUUCAUCAACGUCUCAUCCCAGACUUAUCAUGGGAUGAGUUGGCCUACGUCCUAUCUGCUAGCCUAUACAAGGAGGUGACCGAUCAUGACGGUACGCACGGUCUUGUCUCUCUCGACUCGGAAGAGAGAAAGCAAUGUGCAUUAGCUUUGGCCGGAGAGUCGAGGGAGCUCGCAUUUCCCUACAUGGAAAUGCACAAUCUUUGCCUUUUGCUGUUUAGUAAUAUCAGCGAUCGACACGCCUCGACACUAGAUGCCCUAGACUUAAGGAUUGAUCCCCUUGUACAGACGCUCAGUGUCGUGCUCAGAAUCAUUUCGCUAGCCAGCACGAAGCAUGAGGUUGUAACUCUUCGUGAGGCAGCGGGUGUGAUUGGGGAACACAUUAACGCCAAUCCAGCGAUUGUGACUGAGAAAAUCGCAAAUGCUGACGCUUUUGGUUCGAUACCCAUGCCAAGCUUCAAGCUGUACAAGAUCCCUCGCACAAUGUUUGUCAAGGUCAGCGCAGAUAUAAGACCUGUGGAUGAGGUUGUCGUCAUUCCUUUCGAAGGAAGCGAUUCAUCCCCUGGAGAAAUGGAAGAAAUAAACAAGGUCCCGCAGGGGCAUUCGCAUGUCGACCCCCCUGGCUCACCUCAUCAAAAAGUUGGUGAGGAUAGCCAGAGUUCUGUGAUUCAUAACCUUUUGAAAGAUUCAGACCAGGGUUGGGUUAUGAUUGUCACUGUAAUCCUUGCAACUGACCCAUCUCGAAGCGAUGGCACUUCGCGGCCAACGCAACGUCGUGAUACGCUGUCAGAUUUCACAGAUACAGAUGAGAUUGUCGAGUAA